AUGCAGGACCGAUUCUCCAAAUGGGUGGAACUCCGACCUCUCCGUCGUGCCACCGCCACCGCCGUGACACAAGCCCUAGCGGAGGACGUAAUAUUGCGUCACGGAUGUCCGGAGAUCGUUAUCUCCGACAACGGUACGCAAUUUCGGUCUGCUCAGCUCGAAAGGUUUCUAACCUCCCAUGCGAUCCGUCACACGUAUACGCCAGCACACACGCCGCAAUGCAACCCGGUGGAACGAACGAACCGGUCAAUUAAAACGAUGAUCGCGCAGUACGUGGAUCGAAACCACCGAAACUGGGAUGAACGCAUCCCGGAGUUCCGAUUCGCGUACAACUCCGCGCAUCAUGACGCGACAGGGUAUACGCCGGCAUACGUAAAUUUGGGCCGUGAGCUGCUGUCACCUGCGAAUGCCGCGAAUAGCCGACAAGGCCCCGCCCCGCCGCCCGAUGUCACCCGCCGACACCUCGAGGAAGCAUACGAGCUCGUGAAAAUCAAUCUGGCACAAGCCUUCCAACGGCAGCAAAAGUACUACGAUCUAAGGCGUAGAGCGUGGAAACCGAAGAUCGGAGAGAAAGUAUAUAAAAAAGAAUAUCCACUGUCGAAAAAAAGUGCCGCCUUUAAUGCCAAGCUCGCUCCAAAAUUUAAAGGACCGCUCGAGGUGCGGCGCGUGAUAUCGCCGGUUAUAUUCGAUCUGCGCGACCGAAGCGGCCGUUGGCACCGACACGUUCACAUUAGUGACUUAAAACCCGCCCCGAUCGACAACGAUACCGACAGCGACCAACCAGUCCCGAACAAUAUCGAAGACGACACAGACGUUUCCGAGCACGAGGAAUCUUCUGACAGCAACACCGACCACGAGGACGAAAACAAUAACACGGACGACGAUGCCCGGUAA